AUGUGACAACCUUAGACAUUAGAAUAAAUAGUUCUAUCUGAUUAUAUGCACAGAAGUGUUAAAUGUGUUUAGACUUUAGUCAUAGAAGAUGCUUUUGAAGCUGUAGCUAUAAUUACAGUAGGUGCUACUGAUUAAGUGACAAUGCAUAGCGGGACGAAAAAGAGCGAGGAUCCAUCCCUACUUCCCUCGUUUAUGACGGACGAUCCCCAAACCCCCAAAAAACUUAAAACAGGCCCGUCUCAUGUCACUCCCUCGAUGCUGUACCCUCAUGCUGCUACAUCAGUUAAUACCUCAGGAGGUGUUCGAAAAAAGGAUGAAGAUACCGGCCCGAAACCAGACGAAGACGAUGAAGCAGAAAGGAGGAUGGUGGAGGCGUCCCGAAGAGGCGGGGCCAAAGAGAAUAUUCUAAUAGAUGGCAAGAUCAGCAUCAUUUCCAGGAUAGAUGGGAAACGAGAGGCGCUCUGUUGCAAAUACAAUGAAGAAUUCGAUUACAUUGCGGUCGGAUAUGCGGACGGGGUAAUUAUAAUGUACCAAAGCGGAACUGGAGAGCCUGUUUUCACACUAACCGAUGGGGAUGUAAAGGAGAACAGAGCCCCCGUUACCUCGAUCAAACACCGCCCUGUAUCGAAAAUAUAUCCGAUCACCAACUGUUAUACUGGCACAUAUGCUAAUGGGUGUGUGAAAUGUUGGAGCUACAACUUCAAUCAGUGUCUUUAUACCAUCCGGGAAAAACGGCAAACAUUUGGGAUCGUUUAUCAUCCGAGAUUUCCCAAAUUUGUCACUUUUGGUGAUGAUCUUAAGGUGUACUUUUACGACGAAGAGACAAAGACUCAGGAGAGGGUUUUGUCAUCUAGCGACAAUCCAGAGACCCACGAUGGUCACAUGUCCAGAGUGUUUGCAGCCUGCUUUCAUCCGAAGAACAACUACGAACUGUUGACGGCAGGAUGGGACGAUGUGGUUCAGUUUUGGGACUUGAGGCAACCGCAUGCCGCACGCCACAUCUCCGGCGUUCACAUGUGCGGCGAAGGGCUCGAUAUCAACCAAAAAGGAACUGAGGUGCUGGCGUGUUCUUGGCAAAAAGAAGAUCCUCUACAGAUCUUCGACUAUGGAAGCACUAAACGGAUAAACUGCUUAGAGCCAGAUAUUUACAACUCUAAGCUGUAUUGCGGCAAGUACGCUACUAGAGACUUCGUGGUCUGCGCAGGUUCCGAUCCGAAUCUCAUUCGCGUGGUCGACUUACAAACUACAGCGACGUCUGCUGUUAUAAACCAACUACCUGGAGCAAUAUACGGUCUCGAUCUGGGGCCAGCGAAGGCGAAAAAAGAAACAAAAUCAGAAAAAUACAGCGUAAAAAAUGAUAUAACCACUGUGCCGAAAAUGGCGUUCGUUUGCGGCAAAAGGCUAUAUCAAGUGGAUUUUGCUUAAUUAGAUAUGAUUUGUUGGACACGAAAGGGGUUGGUGAAAAAAAACCACAAAAAUCCGAAACAAUAAAUGUUCUUUUGUAGACUUUACGUUUGAAA